CCCCACCUCUCCGACCCUUACAAAAACCACCAAGGGCCACGGCCCUCGCCUUGUGAGCCCGUCUCCUCCCCCAUCAAAGUCAAAGAUCUCCCCUAAAAAGAACCCCCAAAGCCAUGUUCCACUAUUCUCCUUCCUCCUCUGCUGCCCCUCAGGCCGUGUACGACGCCGGCGGCUCCCAUCCUCCUCUCUUCUCCUCUUCUCCAUCGUAUUCGUCUACUCUUCCUUCUUAUUGUCUCCACAAGAGCAACAGCACUCACUCCCUCUCUCUCCACCACGGCAUUCCCGACCUGUCCAACCAGCAGCCUUUCUUCUCAUCCCCCCAGCACCACCACCACCCCCCGCCGCGGCAGCCAUGGUCGCCCCCUUCCUCCUCCCCUGGCGACUACCUGGACUUCAACGCCGGCCCCGUCAGGCGCGUUUUAAGCACCGGCGACCUCCAGGGGAUGAAUGGGAUGCAAGCGCCCGGCGACAGUUACAACCAGGAAGGCAUGGCGAUCCAGGGGAGGGUCGGGCGUUACAACUCGGAGGAGCGCAAGGAGAAGAUUGAGAAGUAUCGAAGCAAGCGCAACCAGAGGAAUUUCCACAAAAAAAUCACUUAUGCAUGCAGGAAGACGCUGGCCGACAGCCGACCGAGAGUUCGGGGCCGGUUUGCAAGGAAUGGCGAGACCGAGAUAUUAACAGAGCCAGACGCUGAAGCAGAGGUCACGGAGAACAACCACGAUUUUUAUAGCAGCUACAACAACAAUGACCAAGCCCCGAGCUCUGCAGACGGCAGCGGCGGCAGUGGCAACGGCAACGGAGACUGGUGCAGGCAAAUGCUGAAGGCGCUGGCGGCUGAGUUGGAAGAGGAGUGCUGUUAUGACGAGGAGCUCUGGGCCAACUUUUCUGACAUCUUCUCCGUGAACCUUCUAUCCUAAAAGUUAUCCAACUGGUGGGAGAGAGAGAGAGAGAGAAAGUGGUGGAUUAGUUAGGUGUAGUAGUAGAAGAAGCACGAGUUAUGGUAGUACUUGUCUGCUGGCCUGUAACCAUAAACAAGUGGCAGCAGAGGGACAGUCUGGGUGUCGUCGCUUACCUUCCUUUCUCUUCUUCUGAGUUCCUUCCGUGAAGCUUAAAGAAUUCUCAAAAUCUAAAUUAAGUGGACGUUAAUUUUAUUUUAA